AUGUCACCCGCCGUGAUUACCGAGAUGCAGCCGGAUCUGCAUCAUGACCAGCUCGAGGCCGUGGGCAAAGCCUUCGAUGCACUCCUACUAACCGUGUAUCGGCUGACUCACAGACAAAAUGAGCUGUUACAGCACAUGGAUAAUGUCUUCAAAGAGUACACAGAUGUGAUAGAAAUUCUGCCUCCUCAAGAUAGACAUCGUGCAUUUGACGUUCAAAACAAGUUGCUCGCUCAGCAAGAAGAAUACCAUCAGGGUCUCGUACACAGCAAGCCUCAAGUUAUGGAACAACCGUUGAAUUCCAUGGAUGUAAUCAAGACCCUCGUUGCACAUCAAAAUGUAGACGAAAAUACUUUCUCCGCUAUCAAGAAUGGAGUCAAAGGGUGCAAAUCUCUACUCCGUUCCCAAGAUAGCCUCUCCCAAAUAUCCUCCAACUCGUGCAUCCUCGCGCAAGCACCGGCUCCAGCAAUCGCGCUGGAGAAGGACUUCACAACGAAUGGCACCCAGGGAAAUCUCCACUGCCCUUUCUCGAAACCGAAUAAGAUGCAGAGCACAAAUGGCAGUGAGGCCCCCAGCGGGAAAAACUCUGCGCCGAAGAUCCAGAUCGAAGCUUGCGGCCACGAGCAUCUGGACCCCAUCAGGGCGGAACUCGAAGAACGACGCUCUAGCCACACACCAUCAGCCCCGUCAUCAAAGGGAGGAUGCCCCGUCUCCCGAUGCCCCAUCCGAUUCCUCGAUCAGCACUCCCCGGAAGAAAUCGCCGAAUAUGUUGAACGACACAAACAUGAGAUCCCUCGCAGCCACGCUAUUUGUGUCAAGCGCUAUCAGCGAAGCCCGCAGGAUAUGAGACAACUGGACGCCAAAUACGGCGGCCUGACCAGCAUGAUCGCUGGCCUAGGUGUGAAGCACCAAGCCUUCCUGCCGGAAUGUAAUACCAAUGGUGAAGCCCGUUCCUCGCAUUCUGCGUCGAGUGAACGUGUUGAGAAAUGGGCCGAGAACGUGGACCUCAGUACGCCCAUUGUGCAGAACGAGGAAAACGAAGAGAAGAACGAGGAGAAUAAGAACGAGGAUGAUAACCGCCAGAGUCACUUUGACCGCCCCCUGCGUGAAGUCCGCGUGGGUGAAUCCCCGAGCAGGCCUUGGGGUAUUUCAGUGCCUGUCACACAUUUACCUCCUAUCUCAGCGCCGGUCUCUGGUUCAUCUAUCCCAACGUCCCCCGACCCUCAAGCCGACAUACCUGAUAAACCCACCGAUGCCGAAGUCCUUGCUAAGCCUGCCGGUGGCUGUCCAUUCGGCCACGGUAAACCAAAGCCUGAAGCAGCAAAGCCCGAAAUCGAACCACCUCGGACUGGGGAAAGUCCUAAGGACAAUGAUAUUACUUCACCAAAGAAAUCUGGUUGUCCAUUCGGCCACAAUAAACCAAAAGCCGAAGUUCUAAAGCCUGAUACCGAGGCCCCCUGGAACGGUGACUGGCCCAAGACCUGGCCCAAGGACCAGGCUGUCGCAGAUCGAGUACCUGCACCCCAGGCCCAUGUUUCCCCAACUGCUCCUGCUCCUGCGAGCGAGGACUCGACUACGAAACCUGGCAUUCCCUCAACAUUCUCACCCCCCUCCCACGUCACCUUCAAUGGCCCUGUCUUCUUCGGGUACUCCGCCGAAGAGACUGCCAAACUAUUGCAGCAGUUCGGCAACCUGGGCAAAUCAUGA